UAAACAAAAGUGUGUGUCUUUUUCUUUUUCCCAGAGUAUAAGGGUCAUGAGACCACUAUGGUUUAUCCCCUGCUAGGAUUGGUCCAUUUCUUGCUCUGACCUCAUAAGGUGCCAUUGUGAUGGAAUUGCAAACCACGCCCCAGCCGGGAUUGGUCCAUUUCUUGCUCUGACCUCAUAAGGUGCCAUUGUGAUGGAAUUGCAAACCACGCCCCAGCUGGGAUUGGUCCAUUUCUUGCUCUGACCUCAUAAGGCCCAUUGUGAUGGAAUUGCAAACCACUCCUAUAAAAAGGCCCUGACUGGGCUGAGGAUUUUGUCCGUUAUAGCCCAGGAAGCUGAUUGUGGUGACCUGUGGACUAGGACUCCCUAGUUGGUUUUUGCCUUUUUUUUUUCUCAUUUGUGUUUGGUUAUUUUGGUUUCGCGAUGACUAACGACUUUGCAGCCCCCUCUGCCAUCCAGGGCCGCUGUGUUGGAGACUAUGCUCUCCAGGACAGCAUUGGCCAGGGAGCCUGUGCCAAGGUGUACUUGGCCUGGCACGAGCUCACUGGGACGGAGGUGGUUGUGAAAGCCAUUAGUCUGAAGGGCUUCCCUAGAUACCACCGAGAACUCUAUUCUCUUCAGAACCUCAAUCACCCAAAUAUCACUGAACUAUUUGAGGUGAUUACCACCCCAGACACACUGUAUCUGGUUAUGGAGCACGUGAGGGGAGGGGACCUGCGUGAACAUUUGGAGAACCACGGCCCCCUGAGCGAGCGCCAAGCCCGCGCCGCGUUCCGGCAGGUGGUGUCGGCGCUCCAGUACUGCCACCAGCGGGGCAUCGCCCACCGGGACCUGAAGCCGGACAACAUCCUGCUGGACGAGGACGGCACCUUGAAGCUGGCCGACUUCGGGUUCAGUCGGAGGGUGAGUGACGACUGCAAACUGAGCACCUUCUGCGGCACCUUCCACUACUUGGCCCCGGAGCUGCUGCAGCGGGAACCAUACGACGGCCGGAGAGCGGACGUCUGGAGCCUGGGGGUGACCCUGUACAGGACCCUGACCGGGACGGUGCCCUUCCACGCGGACAGCUUCGCCAAGAUGAGGGACCAGGUGCUGGCCGGGCAGUUCGAGGUCCCCCCCUUCCUGACGAGGAAAGGUAAACACUUUCUUCGAAUGUUACUGACUGUCGACCCCAGCCAGAGACCCACCCUGGAAGAGGUCAUGCAGCACCCCUGGCUCACCGUGGGCCAGGAGGAGCUGCGGCCCUACAGCGAGCCGCCCGCGGGGGACCUGGACCCCCAGGUCCUAGAAAUGAUGCAGAGCCUCGGGUUCGAGCCGGACCAGAUAGAGCGGUCUGCGAGGGAGCGAAGAUUUGACCGGGUCAUGGGCACCUACCGCAUCCUGAAGCAGAUGGAAACCAGGAUGCCUGGCCACAGGGUGAAGGUAAGGCCCUACCGCUCCCCCGACAGCAGUGACAUUCCCUCAAGCUACGAGGCGGCUCAGCCAUCUGAUGGGGGGUCUGAAGACGCGUCUCAGCCAUCUGAUGGGGGGGCUGAAGACACGUCUCAGCCAUCUGAUGGGGGGGCUGAAGAGGUGUCUCAGCCAUCGGAUGGGGGGGCUGAAGAGGCGGCUCAGCCAUCUGAUGGGGGGACUGAAGAGGUGUCUCAGCCAUCUGAUGGGGGGACUGAAGAGGUGUCUCAGCCAUCUGAUGGGGGGACUGAAGAGGUGUCUCAGCCAUCUGAUGGGGGGACUGAAGAGGUGUCUCAGCCAUCUGAUGGGGGGACUGAAGAACCUUCCAUGCCCCCACACCACCUGUGGUUGAACGUGACCGGGCCCCCACCCAGCCUGGAAUCCAUGACCACCCCUCCCCCACUGGAAUCCAUCGAGUUCAGGACAGGUACCCCCAGCCCAGACCUGCAGCUCGGCCCUGGCGGCUCCCCCACCACCCACAGCAGCAGCAGCAGCAGCAGCAGCAGCAGCAGCAGCAUCACAAUCAGGGGUGGAGCCCCAGAGGGAGUCACCCCUGAAAGCCGCCUCCGAGCUGGGCAGCCUGAGGGUGCCACCCCAGCCCCUCCCUCUGCCAACAGGCAGGGCCGGCCCGGGCUGGCUAGAAGGGCCUUCCGAGCCUUCUUAAGAUUCACAUGCUGUCCGUUACCCAAAAUCAAGAUUCGUUUUAAAAAGAAGAAAGUCCAUCCACAAUAGUUUUUAAAAUUGUGGACCAAGGCAAGGGCCACAGUCAACUCGAAGGUGCGGAGCUCCAGGCAGGCCGGGCGCGUGGUGCUGGAGACGACCCAGAGGUCGGGAGCGGUGCCAGACACACCCGCUGCGUGUGCAGCAGCACCGUGGUCUUCGGAAGCAACUUGCCCAAAAUGCCUGCUGAGCUGGGAAGACUGCGUGGCGCCCCCUGGAGGCCAAGAGGAGGGGCUGCCCUCGCUGUGGGUCAACCCCCCAGCCCCCACCUGACUGAAGCCUCAGAGACUGGACUUUUUCCUGGUCCCUUUCCUCCCCUGCUCCUUGGCUCCCAUGUUGUGGGGCUUCCUAUUAAAGCAUUUGGUUCUCCUCCCCCCCCCCCCUCAAAAAAAAAUAAAAAA